AUGACGCAGUACGUUCUGUGCGUGCUGUGUGACGCGCCCUCACUGCGGCACUGGACAGUCACAUGACAGGCAUAUAGGCGUUAUGGAGCUGUUUCGCUGUCAAACUUUAAUCAGAUUUCACGUUUAAACUGCAAAAGCGAUGGACAGAGUGCGACGUUUGACGGCUUCUGAUCUCCAGUGAUAUGUCAGUAGCUAAACCCCUGCGUCAUGUCUGUGGAUGGCCCCCGGACCUCAGUUUUCACCUUUCAGUCCGCUGUUCACAGCCAUCAUGUUCUUCGCUCGCUGGAGGAGCUGAGACAGAAGGAGCUCUUGUGUGAUGUGACGGUUGAAGUGGAGCGCAGGAGCUUUCGAGCGCACUCUUCAGUGCUGGCUUCCUGCAGCGACUAUUUUUACACCAGACUUACAAACCGCAGCCGACCAAACCCCACCGUCAGGUUACCGGAUGAGGUCACGGUGGAAGGAUUUGAACCUCUUCUGCAGUUUGCCUACACUGCAAAACUUCACUUCACGAAAGAAAACAUCCUGGAGAUCCACAGAUGCGCCGAAUUUCUCGGAUUUCAAAACCUCGAUAAAGCCUGCUUUGAAUUCCUCGUCCCAAAGUUUUCCGGUGGUGGUGGAACCUCAAAAAAAGUGAAGGGUAAAAGCAAGAGCCAAGCAUCCCAUGAGAAAUCCCAAUCCAUCUGCAGUCCAGAUGACCAAACCCCUGAAACUGGAGAAGAUCGCGUACCUCAAGAUGCAAGCACUGUCAUGCAAGCUGCAUCUGCAACACCCUCUGAAGAAAGUCCUGAAGAGUGUCCCCCCAUCACAAAUGACAAAGUAAUGCAGUUAGAUUUAUCCACGCUUUACGCAAGAAGCACUGCAUACCACAUGGGUGAUGGCCAAGAUCAGUUUUGCCUACAGAACUGUGGCCCACAGUUGCCUUCCUCUUCCAUGGCGGCCGCUGAAGUUUGUCCUUUCCUGUCUAUUUCAAGCACCGGUGACAAUGAGAAACUGCGUUCUUCUGCAGCAGGGGACAUUUUAGCAAUGGAGGAUGAUUUCCAGAAGGAACUAGCAAUGGAUGUGCAUUGUGAACCACCUACUGAUAAAGACCUGAACAUAGCCAGUAUCACCGAGGGCCACUUUGACCAACGUGAAGGGCCUCUAAUAUCGCCCACCGACUGCAGCCAACUAUGUCCUCUGAAUUCUGCGCAGUCAAGCGGGGAUUUGGACAGCAUUUCCGGCGCUCCAGACCUCAGCAACAUUGGCACCGAUGACAACCAGGUGUUUGAUUCCAACGAACAAACCUUCUCUGAACUGACCCCCAAAGAUUGCUCCACAGAACGAAGCACGGUGGAAAGGGAAGUGGCUGAGCAUCUCGCAAAGGGUUUUUGGCCGGAUUUGAGCUCCACGUUAAAUGAGCCGCUACCUUUGGACUCUAUCGACCAGUCAUCUGCAGGAAAUGGCUCAGACUUCCACUGGUUAAAGCAUCUGGAUCUGGGCGCUGCGCCUGAUGAUUGUCCCUUCCUGAGAGACCUGAGCUCCAAUGAUAGACAGACCUCUGGAGGAGACACUCUGUCCAAAGAGGACACUGAAGACAGUCCCUGCAUGUCCCCCAUUAACUCAAGGGAAACCUCUGAGUGCGAAUCGGACGGAGACUGUGCGCAGUGCAGCAGCAGUGAACAAGUGCAAGAGGUGGAUUUGCCAUUCCCUGUGGAGCAAAUUUCCAGCAUGACCCGGAGAGCAUUCCUGCAGAUGUUGAAACGCGAGCAGCUGACCCCAGAACAACUGGAGUUUGUUCAGGAUGUGAGACGGCGGAGUAAAAACCGCAUGGCUGCACAGCGCUGCCGCAAGAGAAAGUUGGACUGCAUCUACAGGCUGGAGGGAGAAAUUAAGAAACUGAGGAGCGAAAAGGAGAAAUUACUGCAAGAUCACAACCAGCUGAAGCUCAGCAUUGAGGAUGUGCGUCAGAACCUCUCAGGCCUGUGUCAGAGUCUCUCUACGGAUGCCGCGCCACAGUCCGAACAGCUGCAAGCACUGGCCAGGUACUUCUCCUCCGACUGCCCCACCUCCGUCCUCCUCACCCCCAUGGCCUCUCCUAGCCUGGCUGGCCCAGACCAGGAUGCCCAUGCGAACUCCUCCCUGGACACCUUUCUUGCAGACACAUGUCCUGAAGGAGACACAGUAGCACUCAGGUAGCCCAUUGCCUUCCUGCAAGACAAUGUUACAGAUCCAGCUCCGUGAUGUACAUCAGAGCAAAGCAGCUUGGGAAUAGUCUGAUAUUUCAUUUUUACUCAGGAGCUUAACUUUCUGCUGCGUCAUUUACACUUUUGAGCAUGACUUUCUUAUUAGGAGCACUUUCGUAAUGUUUUCAAGUAUGGAUGUGACUAAAUUUGCACUAUUACCAGUAGUUUCAUAUGGAAAUGCAAUACAGAUGCAUACGGAUAUGCCUUUCAUUCCUUGUUUGCUGUUACGCCAUAGGGGUCAUUCCUGUUAUGCCACACAUUUUGAAAACUUAAGAAAAUGAAUACGCUUGUAUUGUAAUUAAGUAUUUCAGAAAUAUGCUCUGCUAAGCUCAGGCACAUAAACGUUUAUAAAUCAUAACUUAUAAAAAAAAAAAAAGGAACAAGAUGCCUAACAGGAUGGAACAUAACAGGGUGGAAAUAAAGGGCUAAAUGCUUUGUUUAAUUACA